AAGAGCACACUGCACCGCACACAGAGCGCGCCAGAGGCACAAGCUGACACGCAUCAUACCUAUCCGCACAAGCUUCACACCGCCAGCUUCCUUCCGGCUCCUCGAGUGCUAAGCGCUUCGGCAGCAGGCCGCCGCAUUCCGUUCGACCAUGGCGAUCCUGUCGGACGACGCCACCCAGGUGCUCGUUCCGCUCGCCGCGGUCGUCGGCAUCGCCUUCGCCGUCGCGCAGUGGGUGCUCGUCUCGCGCGUCAAGCUCUCGCCGUCGGCGCGCGGCGGCGCCAGGGACAAGGACGUGCUCGGCGAGUCGCUCAUCGAGGAGGAGGAGGGCCUCAACGACCACAACGUCGUCGUCAGGUGCGCCGAGAUCCAGAACGCCAUCGCCGAAGGAGCGACAUCGUUCCUCUUCACCGAGUACCAAUACGUGGGCAUCUUCAUGUCCAUCUUCGCCGUGGUCAUCUUCGUCUUCCUCGGCUCCGUCGAGGGAUUCAGCACGAGGAGCCACCCCUGCACGUACAGCAAGGACAGGGAAUGCAAGCCCGCCCUCUUCAACGCCCUCUUCAGCACCGUCUCCUUCCUGCUCGGGGCCGUCACCUCCGUGGUGUCUGGCUUCCUCGGGAUGAAGAUCGCCACGUACGCCAACGCCCGGACCACGCUGGAGGCCAGGAAAGGCGUCGGCAAGGCCUUCAUCACCGCGUUCCGCUCGGGCGCGGUGAUGGGCUUCCUGCUGGCGUCGAAUGGCCUCCUGGUGCUUUACAUCGCCAUCAACCUGUUCAAGCUCUACUACGGCGACGAUUGGGAGGGUCUGUUCGAGUCCAUCACCGGGUAUGGCCUUGGUGGAUCUUCAAUGGCGCUGUUUGGAAGGGUGGGAGGCGGCAUCUACACGAAGGCGGCCGACGUGGGCGCUGAUCUUGUUGGCAAAGUUGAGAUGAACAUUCCUGAAGAUGAUCCCAGAAACCCCGCUGUGAUUGCUGACAACGUCGGAGAUAACGUUGGUGACAUCGCUGGAAUGGGGUCGGAUCUGUUUGGGUCAUAUGCUGAAUCGUCCUGCGCUGCCCUUGUCGUGGCAUCCAUUUCCUCAUUCGGGGUCAACCAUGAUUUCACUGGGAUGUGCUACCCGCUGCUAGUCAGCUCCGUUGGCAUCAUCGUCUGCUUGAUCACCACGCUCUUUGCAACCGACAUCUUCGAGAUAAAGGCUGUCAAAGAGAUUGAGCCUGCACUGAAGAAGCAGCUCAUCAUUUCGACAGCCCUGAUGACUGUCGGCAUCGCGCUGAUCAGUUGGUUGGCGCUCCCAGCUAAAUUCACAAUCUUCAAUUUUGGUGAACAGAAAGAAGUUAGCAACUGGGGCUUGUUCUUAUGUGUUGCAAUUGGUCUUUGGGCUGGUUUGAUCAUUGGAUACGUUACAGAAUACUAUACUAGCAAUGCAUACAGUCCUGUGCAAGAUGUCGCCGAUGCCUGCAGAACUGGUGCCGCCACCAAUGUCAUCUUCGGCCUUGCUCUGGGAUACAAAUCCGUCAUAAUCCCCAUCUUCGCUAUUGCUGUUGGCAUCUACGUCAGUUUCACCAUUGCCGCGAUGUACGGGAUUGCCGUGGCUGCCCUCGGCAUGCUGAGCACCAUUGCUACGGGUCUUUCCAUUGAUGCUUACGGUCCUAUCAGUGACAAUGCCGGUGGCAUUGCUGAGAUGGCAGGGAUGAGCCACAGGAUUCGUGAGAGGACUGACGCACUCGAUGCUGCUGGGAACACGACUGCUGCCAUUGGAAAGGGAUUCGCCAUUGGCUCAGCUGCUCUGGUGUCGCUGGCCCUGUUCGGCGCGUUCGUGAGCAGGGCCGGCGUGAAGGUGGUGGACGUGCUGUCCCCGAAGGUGAUCAUCGGCCUGGUGGUGGGCGCCAUGCUCCCCUACUGGUUCUCGGCCAUGACGAUGAAGAGCGUGGGCAAGGCGGCCCUGGAGAUGGUGGAGGAGGUCCGGCGGCAGUUCAACACCAUCCCGGGGCUGAUGGAGGGCACGGGCAAGCCGGACUACGCCAACUGCGUCAAGAUCUCCACCGACGCCUCCAUCAAGCAGAUGAUCCCGCCGGGGGCGCUGGUGAUGCUGACGCCCCUGGUGGUGGGCACCUUGUUCGGCGUGCAGACGCUGUCGGGCGUCCUCGCCGGCGCCCUCGUCUCCGGCGUGCAGGUGGCCAUCUCCGCCUCCAACACCGGCGGCGCCUGGGACAACGCGAAGAAGUACAUCGAGGCCGGGGCGAGCGAGCACGCGCGGGCGCUGGGGCCCAAGGGUUCCGACUGCCACAAGGCGGCGGUGAUCGGGGACACCAUCGGGGACCCGCUCAAGGACACGUCCGGCCCGUCGCUCAACAUCCUCAUCAAGCUCAUGGCCGUCGAGUCCCUCGUCUUCGCGCCAUUCUUCGCCACCCACGGCGGCAUCCUCUUCAAGCUCUUCUAGAUUUUUCUUGAGAAUGCAACAGAGCUCAGCUCCCUGUGCAGAGGACGGUGCUAGUUGUUCUCCUUGUAGGUAAUUGUAGCUUAAGCUUGCCGUGUGUGCCAACUUUUCUACCUGAGGGUGUUCGAAUCGAAUGUAACAUGUGCGUGCAUAUUUUGCUUGGUGAAUAUAAUAUGAGCUCUGAUCAAUGAUCACUGAUGGUUAAUGAUCUGAAUCUUCUGAAGAAAAAGAAAGAACAGGGUCGUCCCUGAGAAGGAAGACUUGGGUUGGGCCUGAUACAAUACAAGGCAUCCUCAGUCUGGGCCAGUCCAUCUUGACCAGAUCUGACGAAGGGGCACAAGAAGGCCCACGUACUCCAUCGAAUACAAUAAAGCCGCGAGGUCCAUGACACGUAGGCUCAUCAAUGCUCGGUCGCAUCGCAUUGGCUCUCCGGCAAUCGGAAUUUGGGCACCACCUGGAGCAGCACAGCCGGGACGGGACGGGACCAGAAUACCUGGCGUCGCCUGGUGCGCUCGCGCGGCUCCUCCCAUCCUCUCCUCUCGCGGCUCUCGGCUUCUCCGGCUGCUGCCGUCCGGGGCCGCACGAGGCCACCGCCCAUUUGAGAGCCAUACGGAUCAGGUUAAAUAACUGACCCAUCCGCCGCGCUCUUCCUUGGGUUCCAAUUCCAACGGGAAAGGAGGAGAUCAGGAGAGGGCAAGGGGAGCCAUGGGUAACGCGUCGUCGAUGCUGACCCAGUACGACAUCGAGGAGGUGCAGGAGCACUGCAACUACCUCUUCUCGCAGCAGGAGAUCGUGUCCCUGUACGAGCGGUUCUGCCAGCUCGACCGCAGCGCCAAGGGCUUCAUCUCCGAGGACGAGUUCCUCUCCAUCCCCGAGUUCUCCCUCAACCCGCUCUCCAAGUGCAAAGGCCAGUCUUCGGCAGAAGAUCGAAUUGAUAUUUAAGGUUUACGACAUUGAUGGCAAGGGAAAAGUAACCUUCAAGGACCUGCUAGAAGUUUUACAUGACCUAACAGGGUCAUUCAUGUCCGAUCAACAAAGAGAGCAAGUAGUAACUAAGGUACUAGAAGAAGCGGGGUACACAAAGGAUUGCUCAUUUUCAGUAGAAGACUUUAUCCAGAUUAUCGACCAUCCAGGGCUAAAGAUGGAGGUGGAAGUGCCAAUUGAUUAGUGAAAACACUGCAGAUUUCAGAAAAUUAGUUUAAUCUGCAAGGACAUACUCCUAGUGUCCAUACUCGAUGACAUGUAACAGGAUAACGAGCACCCACUUUAAUUGUCCUGUUUGUGACCAGUUCACGUGCCUAAAUUUUAGUUUACUCUGAUGCAACAACUAGCUUUCGUCUUUGCUUGGAUGCA